GCCUUUUACAGAGAUCCCAAUUGAAUGCUUAAAGAUCGUGCUAAUGUAUCUGGACCUGCCAGACCAACACAGCGUUCUCUUGACCUGUCGUGCCCUCUUCAAGAAAACCGUCCCUACCCUCUACCGAUCACCAUUCCGAGCCAUCAUGACUUUUGAUGACUGGAAAUCUCUCGGUGCUCCUUCUUCUUCCCCUCAUCUUCCACAUCCUUUCAGGAACGAUUCAAAUACCUCCACCAACCGUGACAACAACAUAAGCAAUACUAAGCUAUCAGGGAAUAUGAUUAUCAAUAACACUAAUGCCAAUGUCAAUCAAAGGAAAACAGGAGGGACUGUAGAUGAUCCUGGAUGUGGCAAUGGUACUUGUACAAUUGAUAAUGGUAAUGUCCAAAGCACGGGUCGGCUCAACAGCACUUCCUCCUCAUCCGUUUCUUCGUCCUCCACAGGUAGUACAGCCGCCUCUUCCGCUUCCGUCAGCGCCACUACAUCAAAGACAACAAUCUCGACCGCAGCGGCAGUAGCAGCAUUAUCGUCAGCAACCAAGGCCGUCUUACAUGUAACAAGCGCCCUACAGGGCCGUCAUCUUGCUACAUCUCAAGCUCAGCAACAACAAGAAAAAAAUACCCGACAACAAAAACAACAAAAGCCUAAACGUCCUUCCUCUUUACAACGCCGCUCUUAUUCAGAUUAUCACAAAAACAUUAGCAACGAUAGUACCACUCAUACGAGUAACGGUAAAAAUAGCAGUAGCAAAGUUGCAUCUGUCAGCCAAGUCAAUCUCCGCGCGCGUGGCAACAGUAGUGGCAGUAGUCAUGCCAGCUUCAGCUACAGCUCUGGCUACAAUAAUGGUCACGACAGCAGCAGUAGUAAUAACAAUAUCAGCAAUGGAAAGGGAGAUUAUCAUCAGCAUUACUAUCCAAACAAUCAUCACACAAUUCACACAUUUCUUAAUAAUAACACCAAAAUCGCAAAUGCGGCCCCUGCAGCAUUCACUCAGUCCUAUGCAGCACCAAUUUCUCCGGAAUUGCAACAACUCCGACUCUGUAAGAUGACUCGUUUGUUACAGCUGUUGAUUGCCUGCACAUCCGUUCAGGCGCGUCUCCCUGCAUUGCGAUACCCGGGCUAUGGUCAGCAAUGGAUCCGUCCACCCUGCAAAAUUGAUUAUUUAAAGUAUUUUUCAGAUUAUCAAGGGGCAGGAGAAAUGAUGAUACAGUGCUUCCACUUAUUGUUUGCAGAUCUGAUCCCCGCUCAAUCAGAUGACAGCGAUUACGACAGCAGUAACGGCGGUGGCAAUAAUAAUCGCGGCGGUCACGACGAAGAGGAGCGAAAGAAUCAAGGGGGUUAUGGCAGUAGCAAUAGCAGCAGCAGCAGCAGCAGCUCAAAACACACACGAAAUCAAGAGGCCUACAUGGUUCUGUUUCAAAUCCUGAGAGAAUUCAUGUCACAUAACGCAGAGCAGAUCCAGACACUAUCGGUAUCAGCCGUGUAUACAAUCGAGCACGCGACUGCAUUGGUUCCACAACUGGCAUCGGUCACACGACUUGAGAUCACAGACCUAGAAAAAACGAGUCAGGACGUGCGAGUGGACUUGGUCGUGGAUUUUAUUAAAUCACAUCGGAUGCUGUUUGGACCUAUCCUAAAGGACAUUGUGCUGGUUGAGAAACACGCCCUUGGAUCAAUUGUACCAGGGACAUUGUCGGCAUCGACAUUCAUGGCCAUACCAUCAUUAUCCUCCACCUCCUCCUCACCAGCAUUGGCCUCUACUUUUGCUUCCAUAGCAACUACUAUAUCCGCACCAUCCUCACCUUCGUCCCCAAUCUCACCUGCCUCCUCCUUGGGAUCUGUUUUUACGGCGUACUCUGCAGCUGUACGCAUCCCCACUUCUGUCAACAGUAAUUUAGGUCAAAAUAACAAUACCCUCGCUAUUAUUGAUGCGUUCAAAGGUCUGGAAAAGAUUGAUGCUACAGGAUGGGCCAAUUGCAUACUUUACCUCGAUCACAUCCUUCCAGCCCCUAUUACUACUGGCUCUCCUCCCAAUCGUUCUAUCCUUGCUGCUGCUGCACCAGGCGCUCCCAUGGUAACGACGGGGGCUGUGACUACUGCUUCAACAUCCACAGCUACCUCCUUGAAACGCUUGUGGCUCUCCUACUACUUCCCAGCAUCCGAAUCUGUUGAUUCCAAGGUCGCGCGUCUAGGAGAUAUCCUCACUCGGUGCCGAUCUCUCACAGAAGUUCGACUUCCUAUCCGACGAGGAGAUGUCUUUGCAUGGGCAACCCAAGAGAAGAAGACAGCCCUGAUCUGUGCACCAAUCUUGAAAUCCUCCACCGCCAAACAUCUGCCACCCAUGAAACGGAUCCAUAUUCAGGGCCCAAGUUUAGAAUUGAUGGAUUGUUUACAUGAUGCCAGCUUUGCCUUUCAGGACACAUUAGAAGAUUUAGAGGCAAGUUCAAGGUUACGGAUUUGGCAACCAACGACAUUAGAAUGGGACUGGACAAUGAAACGAUUAAGGCGCUUGAAGUUAGAGGGCGAGAUCUGUUUAUAUUUCUGUUUGGAGAGCUUGGUAAGAUGCCCAGCCUUGGAAGAGCUGGAGCUAGUGUUAACACCAAAGACUGGUUCUAGAGCUGUCGCCCGUCAGGAUGUUAGAGGUUCUACUGGGUAUCUUCAGCAACAUCGUCAACAACAGUACCAGCACCAGCACCAGCACCAGCACCAGCACCGGUAUCUCGUCUGGCCUGGUACUAACAGUCAUCAUGGUGGUGAUAGAGCGGAAGGAGAAGUAGAAGGAGGAGGAGCAGGCCAUUUUUGGGCUCAACAGGACCCUGGGAAAAAUCUGUUGCUCUUCAUUCGGUCACGUGAGAUGUAUAGGAUCUCUUCAUUACCACAUUUGAAAUCUUUGGCCUUGGUGGGACCCUUCCAGGUACCGGAUCUUGCUCUAAGACAUAUUGCAAACAAAUGUAAACGGUUACAGGACUUGACAUUGGAUCAGACGGUGGGAAUUACGAUCGGGGGUUUACUGUUGGCAGUAGAGGACAUGCGUCGUCUAGAGAACUUGGAUCUGAGUCUUGAUGUAGUGGAUUUGAAGUUGGUCACGGUGGCGGCACGUCAGAAACUACAUCACUUGAAGUCCAUAUCUUUGACUAGUCUUCGACACGAAGAAUAAAUCAAUGAAAGCAUACAGCAACACCAAAC